AAAGCCAGCUGAAGGAGGUGGAGGAGAUGCUGGAGCAGGAAGGUUUGUCCCACAUCUCGUGCAGUGCUGCCAGUGAACAGGUUGCUUAUCUGCUGGUGGAGCGGGCGGCGCUGCUGGCAAGGCUGGAGGUGGCAGCCCAGCAGCUGGGACCCCACAGCAGCAUGGAUGGGCUCCAGUUCUGCAGGGAAGAGCUGGAGCAGGAGCAAGCACUGCCUGCAGGAGAUGGGGGAGAUCUGGAUGAGGCCGCACACAGGCUGGUGGAGUCCCAGGAGGAGAUCCCAGGCCUGGAUGCACAAAGCAAAGAGCAGAGUGGAGCAGACAGGGCUGAGCUCCAGAGGGCCAUGGAGCACAACAGCCGGCUGGACAAGGAGAUCCUGGCACUGCGGGCGCGCGUGCAGACCCUCGACCUGGAGAGGAAAGCGUUCCUGGAGCUGGUGGAGCAGCUCAAGGAGGAGAUCUGUGAGUACCAGCGGAGCGAGAGGCCGGAGCCACCAGCGCCAGAGGGACUUGGAGUGGCCUCACUGCAGGCACAGGGCACACAGGAGGAAGCAGGAGCUGAUGGAGACCCUGGUGCCAGCAGAGCUGCCCCAUAUCAGGAACAUGGGGAUCAGGGUGUGGAAACUCUGCACAAAAGGUGCAGGGAAGCCAUGGAGAGCACUGAGGGCAGGAAUUCCCAGCUCCUUCACAAGCUGCAAAAACUGGAGCAGGAACAAGAGGGUUUGGUUGAGCACAAUGAGAAGCUGGAAUCAAUCCUGGGAGAGACACAGAGCCAAAGCAAGCAGGAAAGCAAAGUGGAGGGACUGCACCAGAAGAUCACCAGUUUGGAAACAGAGUUGUUUGAGGUGCAGAAGAACAAAAGUGAGCUGGAUGGGAACGAGCAGGUGACGUCUGGAGCUCAGGAGAUGCAGGAGAUGUUGGAAAGCUGUCAGGAAACAAUAGACAAGCUGGGAAGUCAGCUGGGAGAGAGGAGAGAAAGGAGAAAGCAGCUGGCAUCUGAGCUGGAGCUGCUGAGGGAAGAUUUGAAGGCUGAGAAGGUUCUGGGCAGCCAGGGUUUGCCUGACUCCCAUUCACAGCUCCCAGGCCACAAAAACACCUUCCCAAAUCUCCAGAGAGCAUCAGCCAUCAGGGAUCUCGUGGAUGUAUCCCAUGAGAAGCCACACAAAGACAGUGCUUUGCUAAUUCCAGAGGCCUCUGAAGUCCUGCAAGACAGAGGACAGAGCCCCAAAGUGGAGCAGAAGCAGGAGGAUCCCUGUGCAGAGGCAAAGACCUAUGAGGAGCAGAUGGCUAAAGUGGUGUUUUUGGAAGAACAGAUCAAAAACCUGAGGGAAGAACAAGAAGUGCUCUGCUCUGAAUUACUAGAGAGCAACAAGAAGAAGGAGGAGCUGGAAAAGCAGCUCAAGGAGAGCAGUGAAGAGAAGCGGCUGCUGCUGGAAGAGAUUGCCCAGCUCAGAUGUGACAUCCGGAGUGCCUGGGAGCAGGGAGACAUGAGGAGGAUUUCCCCAGCCUUGGAGCAGAGGGAGAACAGGUUCCUGCCAUGGCAAAGCUCUGCAGGCAGCUUAGAGGGGAGCCUGAAACAGGGUGUGUCUGAGGAGAGGUUCCAGCAGCAGGAGGAGAAGCUGCAGCAGCUGCGCCAGGACCUGCGGCGGGUGCAGAACCUGUGCAGCUCUGCUGAGAGGGAGCUCAGGUAUGAGAGGGAGAAGAAUGCUGACCUCCAGAGGCAGAAUCUGCUGCUCCAGCAGGAAUGCACCAAGGUCAAAGCUGAGCUGAAGCAGGCCCGGGCCAAACUCUCAGAGACCACAGAAACAUGUUCCUCCCUCUCAGCACAGUGGGACAGGAGCCAGCAGAAGGUCAAGGAGCUGGAACUGGAGCUCUCCAAGUGCUCCCAGGCUGAUAAGCUCAGGAGCAGCCUCCAGGAGAGGCUGGCCCAGGAGAAAUCCAGAGCAGGAGAGGCACAAAAGAAGGUCUCCAAACUGCAGCAGAAGCUGAAGGAUUCCCAGCACCAGCUGCUGCUGGCAGAGGCUCGUGCUUCUGACAAGAAGCUUCUGGAGGAGGAGCUGAAGGAAGCUCGGGAGAAUGAAGCUCGAGUGCAGCAGGAACUUCACGAGGAGCAGCUGAAAAGGAGGCUCCUGGAGCAGCAGGUGGAGGAGCUGAGGCAGCAGCUCCGGCAUUCCCGGGAGACGGAGGCGUCGCUGGCCAAGAUGCACGUGGAGCUCCAGGCCAAGACCCUGCACGUCCUGGAGGAUGAGAAGAAGCUGGAUGCUGGUGAGCAUGUGCAGUGCCAGAAGGAGAACCAGAAGCUCUCAGAGCAGCUGAUGCUGCUGAAGGAGGAGAACAAAGCCCUGUAUGAGGAAGGUGUCAGACUCCUGAACCAGAAGGAUCUCUAUGUCAGGAAAUACAACGAGAUGCAGCUCAGACACAAGGACAAGAUCCGCAGGGCCAAGGAGACUUUCAUCCACGAGGUGAAACAGAGGGACAGCAGGAUCAAACAGCUGGAAAACGAGCUCAGCGAGUCCAAACUCCAAGUGGAAAAGCUUCCCACCCCGAGAUCUCCCAGAGCCCCUGGGCGCCCUGAAGGCCCUGCAGAGCACAAAGCCUGAGGGAGAGGCUGAGAGCCAGGAUUCCUCCUUCUGCCUGUCCCCCUCACAGCCCUCAGAGAUUGGGUACCUGAACGUGGCCUCUCCUGGGGACAGCACGGCCCCCUCAGCCUCCCCUCUGCAGGAGCAGAGCCACAGCCUGGGCUCCCAGAGCUUCUGAGCUGGGGAUGUUUGUGCAGCCUGACCAGAGCCACAGCCUGGGCUCCCAGAGCUUCUGAGCUGGGGAUGUUUGUGCAGCCUGACCUCACCUGCAGGAUCUGGGCUCCUGGAGCCAUGGGACAGCAGAGCCUGCAAAGAGAAUUGCCAAAUGGACAGAUGGACUGUGCCAUGAUUGCUGGGAUGUGUUCCAACUAAAUGAUUCCACAGUUUUGUGGUUUUGGUUUUUUUUUUUAACUUGCCCACCUGUAAAUGUGUGUGUGAUCCCAAAUCCACUGGAGGCUGGAAUUUGUAAAUAAACUCUGUACAGUGCUAGAGGGGUGGGGUGAAGGGUGUCUUCCCUCAACCCUAAUCCCCUGUCCAGUCCAAACCUAUAAAUUUUAUAAAUAAAACUUGCAGAAAUUCCUUUUUA